AUGGCUUUUUUUUCCUCAGUCGGGGGAGUAGGAGGUAUCAAGCGGCACGCUGAGGACUCAAAGGAGGUGCCAUCAGAGAAGAAGAAUCUGCCUGUGGUUGCCAAAGACCACAAUCUUAAAACAAAUACAGAGAACCGUCCUCCUCAAACUGAAAUGCCAAAAAAUAUACGAGACAACCAUCCUCCAUCUCUUAACAUCCAGAAAAGUGCUCCAGAGAAGCACAUUGUAGCUACUCCAGCUCGGCAGACUGGCACGGACUGGCAGAAAUCUCCAGGGCCGAAAUGUGUGCCGGCGCCCAUCACGCCACUCGGAGCGAGAUCUCCACAACCACAUGGAGAUGCUGAGAAGAAAACUGUUUUGGUGGAGAGUUCAAAUAAAACCGGCACAUUGAAAAGUGAGUGUGCAGUAUGUGGGAGUCAUGUACAUCUGGUCCAGAGACAGCUGGUGGAUGGAAAACUCUACCACCGGAGCUGCUUUAAGUGUAGUGUAUGCUAUGGCACACUGAAAUCUGGGGCAUAUAAACUGGGAGCAGAUGCUGGCUCACUGGUCUGCACUAUUCACCAACAUGGCCAAAAUGGCUUCAAGCCUACUGUUAAGCCUUUUAAGAGCAGUGGCUUUACACUCGCUGAUUUGGUGCCCAAAUAUGACAGUGGAGCUCAGCCAUCUUCACAGCACUACACCUCUGUAUUAUCUGCCCCCAUCAAAGCUGCGCCCAGACCAGUGGAGCUCAGACCCGCUCCGCAGUCAUGGACCACCUCUGCUCAGAGGACUCAGGAAGCCAGGCAGAAGUUUUUUCAGUCCGGUGGUCCAGCAGCAGAGCAUUGGACCACCACAAGACAGCAGUCAGGCCCCUCAGAGUCCUGCACCAAUCAGAACACAAGACUGAAGAAGGAGGAGAAAGACAGAACCAGUGCCCUGACAAAUGUAAAACUAUUUGAAGGAAACACAAAUAACAACAAUGCGCUUAAUUCUGACCCAGGAGCACAGAGGCAGCUAAAAAUCAGAUGCACUUCUGCUGAAGUCUCUAGCUGGAGGCAGGACUUACACGGACGAGUUGCAACGGGAAGGAGCUCCUAUCAGGCCACUUCAACCAGCCCUGCUAGCAGCAGUAGAGGCAUGAGCUCCAAUGAAUCCCUCUACCUCAGUGCCAUCAGCAAGGAGCACAGCAGACCUCCAUCCCAGCUGCUUUCUACUGCCAAAGCCAAAGAUGUUCAGAGCUGUGAUGCCCCAACUGACUGGAGAUCAAAGCCAAAGGCAGCUCCAAAUGGACCAAGACUCAAGCUAAAAAUCAGAUGCACUUCUGCUGAAGUCUCUAGCUGGAGGCAGGACUUACACGGACGAGUUGCAACGGGAAGGAGCUCCUAUCAGGCCACUUCAACCAGCCCUGCUAUCAGCAGUAGAGGCAUGAACUCCAAAGAAUCCCUCUACCUCAGUGCCAUCAGCAAGGAGCACAGCAGACCUCCAUCCCAGCUGCUUUCUACUGCCAAAGGUGGUGUUCACUCGCAGAUGACCUUUGCUUGCAUGGAUUGUCCAAAGAUGUUCAGAGCUGUGAUGCCCCAACUGACUGGAGAUCAAAGCCAAAGGCAGCUCCAAAUGGACCAAGACUCAAGUUCCUCUGCCCCUCUCCAGCCAUUCAGUCCUGUUGUCUUAUGUUUGGGAGAGACCUGUGGUGUGCAGGCAGUAUUUAUCACUUUAGGUUGCGACAAUGGAAAUAUUUCAUCUACAAAUGGCUUGCUGCAUCAAACAAAGUUGCCUACUAUGAAGCCUUGCUACAUCACACCAGAUCAGAUCUCAAAAGAGUUGCAGGACAUUGAGAACAAGCUGUACGAUCUGGAGAACGAAGGGGUGGAGUUGGAGAGGAGGCUUCGCAUUUAUGAAGAAGAGGGUCAUGGGGACCUGCUGAUGGAUCCCUUGAUGGUGGACUGGUUUAACCUGAUUCGGAAAAAACAAAGCUACAUACGGAGGGAAUCGGAGUUGAUGUACAUAGCAAGAACACAAGAUCUGGAGGAGCAGCAGCCUGGAGUCGAAGGAGAGCUCAGGAGAUUGAUCAAUAAACCAGAACAUGUCAAGACUUUGGAUGAGAAGAAGAGGGAAACCGAGCUAUUGAACAGACUGAUGAAGAUAGUGAAUGACAGGAACGCCAUUGUUGAAGGGCUGGAGGAGGACAGGAUAAGGGAGGAGGAGGAAGAUCAACAGUUGAAUGAGAUGAUGCAAAGACUGGGUCUUCCGAAGUUUAAAAACAAACGCAAGUCGUCCUUCUCAAAGUUAUUUAGACGGAGAAGUAAAAAAGCUUCAAUGGGAUAGUGAACUUGAGAGCUGCUGGAGUGAAGUGAUCCAGAAGUUCUGCUGUAGCGUGUUGAAGUCCAGAUUUCUCCAGGUGACAUUAGAUGGUUUAAAAAUAAGUGGGAUUAGUAUAACAAUUAUGCCAGGUGAUUCAGUGAGUUAGAGUUCUUGGAGCAAAAUAAUGUUCCGUUUAAACACUUUUCUUUUGUAGUUAUUUUCACUUCUUAUUUGAUUUAAGCUAAUACUAGUUCUGUUCAUUUGCUUUAAGUUUUCAACAUAUUGGUCCUAUAUGCUUCUUUUGCCUUUUCUUUAAAUGCGUGGGCUAGUUUGAAUAAUUGUUCAAAAAUAUUUCUUUUAUUGUCGUCUUCCACCCCCUCACUUGUUCAGACAUAAACCAUAACUUAUAUUAGCAGAUAAACAAACAGAUGCCCAAGGCUGGCUGAAACGCGCUACUUGACUGUGAUCCAAAAAUCUGUGUAGAAUCUUAAUUUAACCCUAACCCCCUAAAAAAAUGAUAAGAAUUGACUUGCUAAAUCUAGAGGUCUUGAAGACGCAGUGCUUGCAGUGACCUGAAGGGGGCACUAUGAGCUCACAUGCAUUUGCACAGGCAGAGUUUUCCGUUCUUAUUUUAUAUUCCUGAGAAUGCUAAAUCAAGCUGGAGAUUAGACGGCAGAGGAUCUUGUGUGCUGGAAAGGCAUGGAUUAUUGGUUUUAUUCUCUCUUUUUUUUUUAAGCCCUCUAACCUAGUUCAAUUAAAAGUGUCCCUCAUUUAACUUUAUCUAAGAAAUAUAGUCUGUUCAAAGGUGUCUUUUACAUGGUGUUUAAAUAUGACUUAACUGUUUGAAAAACCUACAGAAUGAAUGUUUUAAGAAGUUU